UGUGUGUGUGUGUGUGUGUGUGUGUGUGUGUGUGUGUGUGUGUGUGUGUGUGUGUGUGUGUGUGUGAGUUCAGGUGUAUCACUCAAUGACUGUCUGUUCUUCUGCUUACCGCUACAGUGUGGAACAUGGUGGAGAGAACACAAUGAAACCUGGGCUUAGAAAAUAUGUGUGUGAUGUGACACUGGACCCAAACACAGUAAACAGACUCCUCUCUCUGUCUGAGGAGAACAGAAAGGUGACACGUAGGAAAGAGGAGCAGCUGUAUCCUGAUCACCCAGAGAGAUUUGAGGGCAGUGAACAGGUGCUGUGUAGAGAGGGUCUGACUGGGCGCUGUUACUGUGAGGUAGAGUGGAGUGGGAGAAGGGUUGGCAUCGGAGUGACAUAUAAAGGAAUCAACAGGAGAGGAGGGGGUGAUGACUGUUGUCUUGGAUGGAAUAACAAGUCCUGGAGUCUGUUCUGCUCUGACAACAGUUACUAUGCCUGUCACAAUAAUAUUACCACAACCAUAGACGUCCACCCCUCCGGCUCCCACAGAGUAGGAGUGUAUCUGGACUGCUCAGCCGGCACUCUGUCCUUCUAUAGAGCCUCCUCUGACACACUGACCCACCUGUACACAUUCACCUCCACAUUCACAGAGCCCCUCUAUACAGGGUUUAGGGUUUGGGGUGAUGACUCCUCAGUGCCCCUGUAAAUAAUAACCUGUAAAUAACUACCAUGUUAACAGUAAUCCACACACACGCACAUUGGACACAUAGACACACACAGACACAAACACUGGACACACACGCACACAAACAGGACACACACACACACUGGACACACACAC